AAGGAGGAUGAAAUGAAAGCAGCUCCUCCCAUCGGCUGUGGGCAGGAGAACAUGGUUAGGAUUGUUUUGAUGGGAUAGCGGAGCCAUCUUGAAACUCAUUUUAUGUGCGUUUUGCAUUUGUUUGCACGGGAGCUGCUGGUAUAUGUGCAUUUCUUCUCCGGUGUGAGCUGCUAUGAAUGGAGGCUAAAUGUUGCCGAAGACUGACAGCGGUGGUUUUGUGCUUCUCCUCUUUAUUCUAACACUAACAGAUCCGUCAUGGACAGGUUCACAGCUCGCUCUGGCCAGACGGCUGUCAGAGCUGCGCUGCAGUCCGAACCAGUUUGCCUGCCGGAGUGGAAAAUUGCAGUGCAUUCCUCUGUCCUGGCAGUGUGAUGGUUGGACGGCAUGCGAGGACAAAAGUGAUGAGAUAGAUUGCCCCAGUAGAGGACCACCACCACUGCCUAAAUUGGUCCAAGACAUCCUUGGGGUGGACUCACCUGUCCUGGCUGGCAUCCCUGGAGGUUUAGAGAGCGAAGCUGAACCAGAGGAACGGCAUAACAUGGAAUUUUCCCAGGAAAAACAGCUUCAACAGCGACAGUGUGAAAGCAGUACCCCAAACCAGGCAGCAGCCAAAGAAACGCAAAUAUCCUCUUCUGUCGUGACAAGAGAAGAAAUUCUGGAACUGCAGAGGGAAGUCCUACAGCUAAAAAAGACCAAACUGCAGUUAGAGAUCGAAAAACUAAAACGGGAGAAGGACAAUCAAGAUCUUUACAACAUCAUGCUUAAAAGCAAACUUCCACAGCUACAAAACAAAGGAAAAAUAACAAUCACAUAAAUUGAUAAAUAAAUACAUUUAAUGACAGUCCUUAAAAGUGUUGUGUUUUUUAUGUAAUCAAAAUAUAGUAACAAAAUAAAUACAAAUAUAUAUAUAUAUAUAUAUAUAUAUAUAUAUAUAUAUAUAUAUAUAUAUAUAAUUAAUAAUUAAAACAUAUAACUAAUAUACAUUCAUCUAACAUAUUAAUACUCCUAUCAAUACUAAUUGUUUAAUUGCAAUAUAUUAAUACUACUUCUAAUAAUGAUGCUAAUUAUUCUAAUUAUAAUAACUUCUAAUUAUUACUAUUGCUACUAAUUGCCCUUAAUUUUAUAUUUUACCUUAACUACUUGGCUAUCACACUAAUUAAAAAUGGUUCAGAUACACGGUCAUGGUCCUUCAUUCAAGAUUCCAUAGCCUGGGAGGAGAGAGUGUUUGGGAUUGAAAAUGGCCAAUGAGGCUUCAGCAAAAAACAGGGCAAAGAAGCAGGAAGCCUUGCGCAAAGCCACAGAGAAUCUUGCAAGCCUCACUCCAAAGGGACUCAGCCCAGCAGCGUUGUCUCCUGCCCUGCAGCGUCUUGUAAACAGGUCAUCCAGCAAAUACACAGAUAAAGCCCUCAGGGCGAGCUACACCCCAUCUCCAUCACACCUCGGCUCCAAGAAUCCGCUCGGAGGGCCGGCCACACCCUCCGGCACACCGACGCCCAGUAAAUCCAGAACACCGGCGACCCAGGACCCAGCUUCCAUUACGGAUAAUCUUUUACUACUGCCCAAACGGAAGAAAGCUGUGGAUUAUUUCUGAAGAAACACAAGCGUAGACUUUACAAGACUGAAAUGGAUAGCGUGAAAUAUUUGUUGCUUGUAUUUAAGCUGUGGACCUUGAUUUGUUUAAUUUUAAAUGGGAAAUGUGUACAGUUAAACGUGUACAGUUUUUACAAAUAUUUUCGGGUUUUUUUUGUAAAUACAAAACUUUUAAGACUUUACUUUCCAUUGAGAAUGCUCCAGAGAUUUGUUUUAGUUGAAUACAUCUGAAUAUCAAAUCUUUACUCUUUAUGAACUGUUGUAAAAGAUGAAAAAUUUGAUUUCACACAUCUUGAAAUUGACAAUAUUUCACAUUAAAGAGCAUUUAGAACAUUGUGCUUGAUAUUUCCGAACAUUAUGUCUCCUAGAUUCCUUAUUGUUACUAAUAUAUUUCCUCGUUUCAAUCUAAAACCUUUCAGAUUUCAUAACUGUGUGGGUAAAGUGGUCAUGAAGUGGUCAUGAGCAAAUUUAAUGGCGCGAGACCGCUAACAAAUAAAUAUUUCAGAGAUAAGUUCUGUUAAGUUAUCUUAACAGCAACCUUCGUUUGACCUCAGCAUGUGAGUCUAAGGGUGCAGCGUGUUCCCUUCGGCCCAAAUCAGAUGAUCAAGCUUUCUGCAGUCAAGAUUGUUCUAGAAUUUCACAGAUCUUUAUCUUGAAUAUUUAUGUGUCAUAUGUGGGCACCAUUUUAAAUCAUGAGCAUUGAUGCUGAAACUUUUAAGUUAUUGAAAUAUAAAACCUUUAGCUUUAGGUUGAAAUUUUUUUAUAGUUUUUUUUUUGCUUUUUAGAUGUCUAUGGGCAAUGUUCUGGUCAUGCAUAACAUUUUUGGUGUGAAACAGGAGACAAAAGUUUGUUUUGCAGAAACACAAGUGAUCCAUUCUAACCCUAUCACCAUACUGUACUGUACCUGGGGCAUUUUAAUAAAACGUUACAAUGUU